AUGGGACCUCAAACCUUCACUUUCCUGAGUAUUAUCCUAUGCGCUGCGCAUGUCUACCCACUGCCCGUUACUUGUUUGUUACAAGGGGCACUGAUCAAGAAAGUACACGAUCUCCUUGAGAACAUGGGACGUAAUUUUCCAUUGGAGUGCCUUGAUCACAACGUUCAGCUGACAUUCCCUGCUUCUGCUUUUAAGUUGAACAGGACUGCACAGGUGAACGUUGGUUUGGAGAAAGCUAUUCAUGAAGUUCUUAGAAACAUCGACAUUCUGUUUGAGAAUGACACCAUGCCACACAUUUGGGAUCAAAGGAAACUCGACGACUUCCGAAAUAUAGUAUACAGACUGGUCGAGGAGAGCGAGUGUGUUUUGAAAAAAUCUCAGUCGAUCCAAGAAGACAACUUUCCUGACAGAAAAAUCGUACUGGAUGCAUAUUUUAAAGAAAUAUCAGACGUCCUCCGACAGAAGGAAUUCAGCGCAUGCGCGUGGGAGGUCGCGAGAAAAGAGAUCUUGCGGAUGCUUGGGUUCAUUCUGCGGCAUGCGUCUGAUCACAUGUUCUGGACCAAAAGACAUGAGAAUAGUCGUCUCGUCGCAGAUAGAUGCAACUGUUCACCAUGCACUUUUUUUCAUAAUUUUUCCGCCAGUGUAAUCAAUAUGAUGACGUGA